GUGGUUUCACCUGAAGUCAAUAUCUAAGACCAUAAUCACCUGUCUGGCCGAUGGGUAAUAAGAACCUGAGAAGAAUUUAAAUUCGAUGCCAUUGUCUUAUAUUGGGAGAGAACUCAAGACUGUGACUCGAGAAGAAAUUGUGAAUAGAUGUGUUCGAGAACUUAGUUCAGUGAACUCCGUAUAAAAUGGAACUGCACAUCAAAAUAUGUGCAAUAAUAUUAUUAGUGGUCACUUUGACCGAGGAAAAGGCUGCAACGAUAAACACGAACGGGCAUAUCCCACCAUCCAACGUGCCAACUUUCAGAAGAGACUCAGUAGAACAUGUGCCAGAUGUAGAGUUCAGCUCACCCCUUCUGAAGUACGAGGAGUUCGGAAGCAAGAGAUUACCUCUCAGAGCAGCCGUUGAAAGUAUACCAGAUGUGAAUGAAAAUUCAAGAAGAUUGCCUCUGAGAGACGCAGUUGAAAAAAGACCCCCACCUGAUGAACCUUUCGACGAUGAAGAUUCUAGAGAGCCGGAAUCUAAUUCAGCUCUACAUUAUAGUGUCAAUCCAUCUGGACAGCUGGAUUUUCCUGGUAAAGGUGUCAGUCGCGGUGAAAAUUCUCACCAACAGUACAUACCUACCCAAUAUGUCCCAAACCAGUUUUCCUUCACCUCCCUCCAAGGAUUUCCACAAUACUUCCAGCAAAACCAACAAGCCAGUAAGCCCCUUCAGUAUUUUCAGAAUAUCUUGGCAGAUUACAGAUCUGCUGCUCCGUAUAGAGUAGAUAACAGCUAUCAACAACUACUGGUCAGUCCAUUUGCUCUACCGAGAGGUAGGAGCUUGUCUUUCGAUGGCCCUGUUUCAGGAAGAAACCAACAAAGUGAAAGGCAGAUCGCAGAAAAUCCUCAAAGAAUAGUCUGCUAUGUUGAGGGUAUUGGAGCAUACAGGAAAGAACCUCUCACUUUCCAUCCAGGGGACUUGGAUCCAUUCAUUUGCACCCACAUAAUCUAUGCCUAUGCAACCAUUGAUCCAAUAACCUAUAACAUGAUAUCUAAUGAUGAAACAUAUGACGUCAUACAGGGAGGAUACAAAGCUGUGACAGACUUGAAGAGGAAGAAUCCAAACCUGAAAGUACUGAUAUCUCUUGGUGGUAGUCAAGAAGAUGGAUCAAACCGAUUCAGUAAAUUGGUGUCUAAUGCUCGUAAACGUAAAAGCUUCAUUCGAUCCGCCAUAUCGUUCAUUAAACAAUACCAAUUUGACGGAAUGGAGAUUCAUUGGGAAUAUCCAGGAGCUGAAGAACUUGGAGGUCAGCCGACUGACAAAGAAUUUCUCUUAUCAUUCCUCGAGGAAGUUUCUGAAAUCUUCAAACAACGCGGAUGGUUGUUCACUCUGUCUGUUCCUGGAUCUAGGUUCAGAGCUGAAGAUGGGUUCGAACCAUCGAAACUAGAUGAUUUAGUAGAUUUUGUAAAUGUACAAGCCUUCGAUUUUCAUACUGAUAGAGAGCAAGUGGCUGACCAUCCUGCUAAUUUGUAUGCACGUGCUGACGAUGAUGGUUUAAACAUAUUUUUAAGUGUUGACUACGCUGUACAUUAUUGGAUCAGAAAAGGUCUGCCGAAAUCCAAACUUGUACUAGGUGUACCAUUCUAUGGAAGAUCUUUCACGCUCAGGUAUGCUAAUGAAACAGAAAUUGGAUCAGGAAUCAAAGGACCAGGAAGAGAAGGAUUUUACACUCAGAGUCCUGGUCUUCUAGCUUAUUUCGAAAUCUGUGAUAUGAUCCAAAACGAAGGAUGGUUCAGAAGUCAAGACGAUGCUGGAUCCCCAAUUAUCGUAAACGGAGAUCAGUGGGUAGGGUAUGAGGACGUAGACAGUAUCAAAAGAAAAGUUGGGUAUAUCAAGGAACAGCAACUCGGUGGUAUAUUUGUGAAAUCAGCGGAUCUGGAUGAUUUCAAAGGAAUCUGCGGUGAAAAGUGGCCUUUGCUAUCUGUGAUAAAUAGUGAACUGAAAGGGGUGGAUCCAGUUUUCUUCAACGGUGACGAAAGCACUGCAACACGACCUUUUGGGACAUGUGAGUCUACUGGGUAUUACAGUGAUUCCAGAAACUGUGCCGCCUAUUAUAUUUGUAAAAAUGGCCUAACCUAUCACCUAUCUUGCGGAAGUAACCUCAUGUUCAACCCUACCAAUGGAAAAUGUGAUCAAUUCGAUCCAGAAAAGUGCAGACCAGGAGAAACUAUUUAUAUCCCAAGUGGUUUGAAAGAUACGGAUAUGUCGUCAAAAAAGCAAGAACUGAAAGUCGACAGACCCAAGGUCGUUUGUUAUGUUACUAAUUGGGCUUUCUAUCGAAAAGCUGAAGGCAAAUUUGUCCCAGAACAUAUUGAUCAACGACUAUGUACCCAUGUAGUAUAUGCAUUUGCUAGUUUAGACCCAAAAAAUCUUCUCGUGAAGGAGUUCGAUCCAUGGGCUGAUUUAGAUAAUAAUUUGUACCAGAGGAUUACUUCACUUAAAGACACGGUAGUUAUGUUAUCUUUGGGAGGCUGGACAGAUUCGGCAGGAGACAAGUACUCCAGACUGGUCAGUGAUGGGACAGCUAGAAGGCGUUUUGUAGUAGGCGCCGUAAGCUUCUUACGAAAACACGGUUUUAAAGGUCUCCACUUCGACUGGAACUACCCAACUUGCUGGCAAAGCAAUUGCAGAAGAGGACCUUCAUCUGAUAAAAGCAACUUCGUCAAGCUUGUGCAAGAGUUGAAGGCAGAAUUCAAUAGGCAAAAUCCACCAUUGGUGCUAGCGGCUGCUAUUUCAGGAUACAAAGAAGUUAUAGACCUUGCCUAUGAUUUACCAGCUCUAGGAAAAUCCUUAGACUUCCUUUCAGUGAUGACCUAUGACUAUCACGGUGCAUGGGAAAGACAUACAGGUCAUGUUAGUCCCCUUCAUGCUAGUCCUGAUGACAAGUAUCCCCAGUAUAACACGAACUACACAAUGGAGUAUUUGGUUUCUCUAGGAGCUCCAAGAGAGAAGCUUCUCUUAGGCAUUCCAUUUUAUGGCCAGAGCUUCACCUUAACCAAGAAGAGUGAUUAUGGAGAAGGAGCGCCAAGUGUGGGCCCUGGCGAAGCUGGGGAAUAUACAAAGCAGCCAGGAAUGUUAGCUUACUACGAAAUAUGCAACCGAAUCAGGAAUCGUAGAUGGGUUGUGAACAAAAACAGUGCAUCAAUGGGUCCAUAUGCCUACAACAAUGACCAGUGGGUGGGUUUUGAGGAUAUUUCUUCGAUCAGAGAAAAAGCAAGGUAUAUCAAAAGCAGUGGGUUUGGAGGUGCCGUAGCUUGGACUAUCGAUCUAGAUGACUUCAAUAACAAUUGUUGUGAAGGGGCGUUCCCAUUACUACGUAGUCUUGGCGGAGAAUUGGGAAUAAUUCCAGAACAGCCUGUUCAGAGUGAUUGUACGAAACCCCCUGCUCCUUCUACUCCAGUUCCACCUGAGACCACUACAGGAGUCGAUUCGGGUGGAUCUUCUGACCAUCACCAACACGAAGAGUGGACGAGUUCAUCGACUAAACGAACCACCACUGGCACUUGGUGGAAUCCAACUACUUCCAGUACUACCACUAGACCAUCAACUUCCACAACGUCGUGGUCAAAGCCAUCAACCAUAGCUAGUACAAAUAAGCCAACCAACCCUUGGUGGGCUGAUACUACUACUACCACUACUGCCAGACCAAGUAGUCAUAUAACUUGGUGGACUGAAACUACUCCAGUGCCAACUAAGACGACUGCUGGUGCUGUGUGGUGGACAACUACGAAAUCGACAACUUCAAGGCCAAUCACCCAGGACCACCCUGAUGGUGAAGUAAUCGUGCCGUCGCCAGCAGUAGUGAUGCCUGAAGUUGAAAGUCCCUCGAUGAGUUGUGAACCAGGGCAAUAUCUGCCGGAUCCAGCUAACUGUAAUGCCUUCUAUAGAUGUGUGAUAGGAGAACUGAAGAAACAGUACUGUGCAGGUGGAUUGCACUGGAAUAAGGAGAAGAAUAUUUGUGAUUGGCCAGCUGAAGCAAAAUGCAAAGAAGGUAAUCGUUACAAAGGAAAUGGGUACAGGAGAGAAGCCUACCAGAAAACCAAAGCCGACAACAAGCUGGCAAACACAAUCAACAACAAUCUGGCAGACACAAUCAACAACGCCGAGGAAUCCAUUUCCUUCUUGGUCUACCGCUGCACCCUAUACCAUGACGACUACUCAAAUAACCCCCUCCCAAACGGAGUGCAACAAUGGGGCGUAUUAUCCCCACGAGCGAUGCUCUCACUUUUACGUAUGCUACAAUAACCAACUUGUAGCACAGAGAUGCGCUCCAGGAUUAAGCUUUGAUGCGCAGACUGGUAUGUGUGAUUGGAGCUUCAAGGUUAAAUGUGUUGGAAGGAAAAAAGCCGCUGAGAAAUUCACUGCGAUACACAACAGAUAUAUUGGAGACCGUCCUCAACCCUACACAAAUUGUGAUGGAAAUGCGUUCGCUCCUAGACCAGGUUCUUGUACUCAAUACAUGGACUGUCAGUGGGGAAAGUAUGAAAUACGAGACUGUGCACCUGGAUUACAUUGGAAUAAUGAGAAGAAAAUCUGUGACUGGCCACAAAACGCCCAGUGCUCCGAAGAUCCAGAUCAAAGUAUCGACAUUAUCGAAACCAAUCCCAGUCCACCAGAAACACCCCCUCCUACAUACCCGCAGUGGUCACGCCCUACUACAACCCACGCCACGCCUGUCAGCUCCACUGAAUGGUCGGAGUCCUCGUCCAACGAGUGGGAGUGGCACCCACCGAUCCCACCCACUUCGGAAAAGCCACCCCUAUCGGAACCACUCAAGCCCUUUUCUGGAUAUUUCAAGGUCGUCUGCUAUUUCACCAACUGGGCGUGGUACAGGAAGGGCGCUGGGAAGUAUUUGCCCGAGGAUAUUGAUGAGAAUCUCUGUACACAUGUCGUGUACGGGUUUGCAGUAUUGGAUUAUUCGAACCAUGUAAUCAAGGCUCAUGAUUCUUGGGCUGAUUUUGAUAACCAAUUCUACAAGCGAGUCGUGGGAUACAAAUCGAAAGGAAUCAAAGUAUCCGUUGCCAUUGGAGGUUGGAAUGAUUCCCAAGGUGACAAAUAUUCGAAAUUAGUCAAUAAUCCAGCAGCUAGAAAAAGGUUCAUCGAACAUGUGCUGAAAUUCUUGGAUAAAUACAACUUUGACGGUUUGGAUCUGGAUUGGGAGUAUCCCAAAUGUUGGCAGGUCGACUGUGCCAAAGGUCCAGAUUCCGAUAAGCUGGCCUUCGCUGACUUUGUCAGAGAACUCAAAGCAGCGUUCAGGCCGAGAGGUUAUCUCCUCUCUGCAGCCGUUUCCCCGAGCAAAACCGUAAUCGAUGCUGGUUAUGAUGUCCCAGCCUUGGCUGAAAAUUUGGACUGGGUGGCCGUGAUGACUUACGACUUCCACGGACAGUGGGACAAGAAGACUGGACAUGUGGCACCGUUGUUUUACCACCCCGAGGAUGAUGUUGCCUUCUUCAAUUCGAACUAUUCCAUCAACUACUGGAUCUCCGAGGGAGUCCCUCGUCGCAAAAUCAUCAUGGGUAUGCCGCUGUACGGCCAAUCGUUCCGCCUGGAAAAAGAAGAGAACCACGGCCUCAACGCGGUCGCACCGGGUCCAGGGGAAGCGGGAGAGUACACCAGAGCUCCGGGCUUCCUGGCCUACUACGAGAUAUGCGACAAUGUCAAAAACAAGGGCUGGAAAGUGGUGCAGGACGAGCUGGGAAGGAUGGGACCGUACGCGUACAAGGGCAACCAAUGGGUGUCGUUCGACGAUAAGGAGAUGAUCAGGAGGAAGUCUGAGUUCAUCAGGAGGAUGGAUAUCGGAGGAGGCAUGAUCUGGGCUCUGGAUCUGGACGACUUCAAGAACAAAUGCGGUGAAGGUCGUCACCCAUUGCUCACUAUCAUCAGAAACGUGCUGGCCGAUCCAGGAACUGGUCACCAAGAACUAGUGGAUGACCAACCACGACCAGUAGUACUGUCACCUGAACCAAUCGAAGCAGAAGAACGUCCACUUCCAUCAGAUCCUGGGAGCGACGAAUCACAGGCCUUGGUGGAUCCGAAUUCGGAGUACAAAGUCGUCUGCUACUUCACCAACUGGGCAUGGUAUAGACAGGGCGUUGGCAAGUACUUGCCUUCUGAUAUAGACCCUAAUUUAUGCACCCAUAUCGUGUAUGGAUUUGCUGUUCUAAAUGGUGACCAGAUGAUCAUCAAACCACACGAUGGUUGGGCUGAUUUUGAUAACAAGUUCUACGAAAAAGUGACGGCUUUAAGGGCCAAAGGUAUCAAAGUGCUCAUUGCCAUUGGAGGUUGGAAUGAUUCUGCGGGAGAUAAAUACUCGAAGCUUGUCAAUAAUCCAUCUGCGAGAAGGAGGUUCAUCGCCCAUGUUGUCGAUUUUAUCGAAGAAAAUAACUUCGAUGGUUUGGAUUUGGAUUGGGAAUAUCCUACUUGCUGGCAGGUCGAUUGCACUAAAGGUCCAACUUCAGAUAAACCUGCCUUUGCUGAAUUCGUGAGAGAGCUCCAUGAGGCGUUCCAGCCUAAAGGCUGGUUGCUCUCUUCAGCAGUAUCGCCCAGCAAAAGAGUAAUCGACGCUGGUUAUGACGUGUCCACUUUAUCUCGAUACUUGGACUGGAUUGCCGUAAUGUGCUACGACUACCAUGGACAGUGGGAUAAAGUCACUGGACACGUGGCUCCAAUGUACGCUCAUCCAGAAGAUAUCGACGACACGUUCAAUACGAAUUUCACGAUUCACUAUUGGAUCGAAAAAGGAGCUGAUAGAAAAAAAUUGGUGAUGGGUAUGCCAAUGUAUGGACAGUCUUUCUCCUUAGCUGAUAACGCAAACACUGGCUUGAAUGCUGCAACAUAUGGAGGAGGUGAAGCUGGAGAAGAAACUAGAGCUAGAGGAUUCCUAGCUUACUACGAAAUAUGUAGGAACAUUAUCAACAAAGGGUGGCAGCUAGUGAGAGACCGGAAAGGACGUAUAGGCCCAUACGCGUACUUGAGAGACCAAUGGGUGUCAUUCGACGAUAUAGGCAUGAUCAGACACAAGUCAGAGUACAUCAAAGCGAUGGGUCUUGGUGGUGGAAUGAUAUGGGCACUGGACCUGGAUGACUUCAAAAACCUUUGUGGAUGCGAGGAAUAUCCUUUGCUGCGAACUAUCAAUAGAGUGCUCCGAAACUACACUCUACCAGAUCCAAAAUGCGUUCUAGGUAAACCCCAGAAACCAACAACUCCAAGGCCAACUGUCACCCACGAACCAACAGAACAACCAAGCCAUAAACCGCCAACUAAACCACCACAUCAAAUUGUACCAGACAUUCUGAACCCUGAACCGAUACCAUGUGAGGGACUUCUCUUUGAGGCACAUGAAACUAAUUGCAACCAGUACUACCUUUGCAACCAGGGUCAGCUGCAGCUUCAGUCGUGCCCUAGUGGCUUAUACUGGAACGUGGAGCAUUGUGAUUGGCCAGAGAAUACCCAGUGCCAUCCUGAUGGUAGCACUACGGCACCUUUAGAUGUUACAACAGCAGUUUCAGAUGUAACGAAUGCAACCAAUCAGGUUUUUACAGAAGGGGAGUAUAUUCCUUCCACCCUGACUACGAAUAGACCUGCUCAUGAUGAUACAGGAUAUAAGGUGGUGUGUUAUUUCACCAAUUGGGCUUGGUACAGGCAAGGUGAUGGAAAAUACCUCCCAACAGAUAUAGACCCCGAACUGUGCACACAUAUCAACUACGGAUUUGCCGUUUUGGAUUCAACUACUUUGACGAUAAAACCACAUGAUUCAUGGGCAGACAUAGACAAUGAGUUCUACAAGAAAGUAACAGACUACAGAUCCAGAGGAAUCAAAGUACUGAUAGCCAUCGGAGGAUGGAACGAUUCUUUGGGAGAUAAGUACUCACGGCUAGUGAAUGAUCCUCGAGCUAUAGCUAGAUUUGUUGCUAAUGUUCUUCAGUUCAUUGAGAAAUGGGGAUUCGACGGGUUGGAUGUCGAUUGGGAGUAUCCCAAAUGCUGGCAGGUGGACUGUGAUAAAGGACCCGCAUCUGAUAAGCAAGGAUUCUCCGAUCUCAUUCGAGAGCUGAGCGCUGCUUUCAAGCCCAGAGGCCUUCUUCUCUCUUCCGCAGUCUCUCCAAGUAAAGCAGUCAUCGACGCUGGCUAUGACGUUCCGGUGUUGAGCCAGUACUUCGACUGGAUCGCCGUCAUGACCUACGAUUUCCAUGGUCACUGGGACAAGAAGACAGGCCACGUGGCACCGUUGUAUUACUAUCCUGGAGACACCUACGACUACUUCAAUGCUAACUACUCGAUUCAGUACUGGAUAGAAAAUGGAGCGCCACCAAGCAAGUUGGUGAUGGGCAUGCCACUUUACGGCCAGUCUUUCAGCCUAGCAGAUUCUGGUCGAAGGGGUCUGAACGAGCAGUCUUACGGACCAGGUGAAGCUGGAGAAUUCACUAGAGCAGGAGGAUUUUUGGCCUUCUAUGAGAUCUGUGAAAGAGUGAAGAAAAAGGGAUGGGUAGUAACAAGAGACCCUGAAGGAAGAAUAGGCCCCUAUGCAACUCACGGCAGCCAAUGGGUUUCCUACGACGAUAUUUCGGAAAUUCGAAGAAAGUCGAAACUUGUUAAACAAUGGGGUCUUGGUGGAGGAAUGGUUUGGGCACUGGAUCUGGACGAUUUCAGGAAUAGAUGUGGUUGUGGACGUCAUCCAUUAUUGAAGACGAUGAAUGCGGAACUCAGAGGACUGAAAUCGGACAUAACAUUACAGAAUUGCACAUGAAGCGAUUCCAAGAUGAGACAAUAGAAUAAGUACGAAGGCGCGCACAUUGUGAUGCUAUUUUUAUAUGAAUAUUUUUCUUCUUUGGAAUGGAUUUAUUUAGUCAUCUGCAUUUGACAUUAUUUACUCAACAUUUCAAAGGAUACAGAAUAUUUUGAACUUUAUUUUGAUAGAGCAGUGUAUAAACAACACUUCAUGAAAUAAAAACAUAUACAAACCA